AUGAAUAUUUCAACAAACUCUACCCAUUCCGAAACACCAACUUCAGAACAUGGCGUACCUUCUUCAUCAUCACCGUCCACCCCAGGACGAUCACCAAGAAUUAUCACUCCGAGAAGAGAUCAUCACGGUGGUAGUUCUUCAUACACUCCUCUCAAAACUCCAACAUCAUCCACAAAUUCUUUGAUUGAUCAUCAAGAUGAAAAAUCAAAACAAAAACGAUCGGAAACUAUCUUGAAAAUGUUUAAUAGAGAAUUAGAAAGGAAUGCAACAUUUGUAAAAUUAACGUUUAAAUUAAUUGAUUGUGAUGAUUUAAUUUACAUGUAUGAAAAUAGUAUGGUAUUGAAUCCAGUCUUAAAUGUAAAUAAUAAUCCCAUGUUUAAGUGUCAUGUUAUGUAUUUAGACUUGACUGGAAACCGACUUGGAAAUGCUUCAUGUUGCAGUUUACUUGCUGAAAUUUUGGCCCAAAAUUCAACAAUUCAAUACUUAAAUUUGUCUCUUAAUGAUAUGGGAGUCGAAGGUUUGAGUGAGCUUGUGAAAGUAUUUCAUAACGUGAAAAACAAAUCAGAAACAGCCAUGCUAUUACCUCACCAACCACCAGCAUCAACAGAAAAUAAUCACUCUCAGCAACAUGUAAAUACCACUCUGAAACAUUUGGAUUUGACAGGAAACAGAAUUGGAGAAGAAGGAAUACGGGCUCUGAUAGAAAUGGUCAAGAAUAAUGACUCACUGGUGACUUUGAGUGUACGAUCGAACCGAGUGAAAUCCAGCAGUGGUGUUGAUGCUUUGAUGGAAUUGAUGGCACUGGCAAUGUCUGGUUCUCAUUCGGUGCGAGAAGUUUUUGUGUAA